UCUAGGUAUAUUUAAAAAAAUUUGAAACCAUUCUGUGAUAUAUUUCAGAUUUUAUAAAACAUGAAUCCAUCUCUUCAUGACAGGAGUGAGGCGUAAGGUGUGUCCGAGGUAGGAUGGUUGAGGACGGAGGAUGGCGGUCUCGAGAAUAUUGAAGGAUUUUGAAAACCUACCCGAGGAUGUCAAAGAUAAACUUGCGGAACUUGAUCUCGAACUCUCAGAAGGGGACAUCACACAGAAAGGUUAUGAGAAGAAAAGACAGAAAUUACUAGCUCCGUUCUUGGAGAAGCAGGAGGAGAUCAAAUCUACCGAACCUGCACCUGAACCUGAACCACCUUCUGCUCCGAGUAGGGUUGAGUCUGCAAGCCUCCCUGAACCUUCAGCUCCGGCAGAUAUCUCUAGCAAACCUAGAUCUCGUAGAACCCAUAAACGAUAUUAUAAUGAAAAAAGAUAUCAUAGCGAGGUUCGACAAGAGGCGGUUCAGCAGGCAUUGGCAGCGCUCCAGGAUAAACAUAAACCUGUUGUUCCUCUUCCUUCUAAGAGAGCAAGCGUUGCUAGAACCUCCGUUCAGCUCCAGGAUGAGGACGAAACUAGCUCCGAGGACGAUGAACUUAACCCAGACGACUCCGGUAGUACAGGACAACUAAUAGUUGAAACAAGGAACCUUGCUCUGGGGUUGUCGGAUACCAGUAGCACCGGUUCUCUUGCUAGUGGACCCACUCGACCCCCACCACCAUUGCCAAACCCGGAUGAGAGUCCUGUUAGUAAACCUCUUCCUCCCUCUCCAAAGUUUAUCCAACCAAUUCAUAAUCCAGAACCUGAUCCUAGCACAAACUUAACCUACAAAGAAACUGAGCAAAGUAUAAACUCUACUCCAAGUGUAACCAGAGAACCUAGAGAAAGUAUUCCUCCGGAGCGACAAGAAUCUCCGCCCAUUGUAGAGCUUAGGAGAAAAGAGGACAAACCUAGAAGUGAACUGAACCCUCGUGAUAAUCAGGGGGACUCUAGACACAAUCGUGAUAGCCAGAGUAGUGCGGUUUCAAACCGUGCCAAUAGAUCGUCGCUUAUAGAACCACAAACCAAACCCACUGCUGAUCUCCUGGAGAACAUUGAACCGUACGAUGUUCUCUUCUUAAAUACAAAUAUAGCUCCUAAACCUAAACCUCAUCGGCCUAAUAUUAGUACUCCGGAUGUAGCUCUGCCUGCCCCUAGACACCCCCUUCCCCCUCCCCUCCCACCUCCAAGCAAACACAGGCACUCCGCCCAUGUGGGUUCUGUCCGUAUUUCGACCAAUAAGUACAGUCACCCAUCCCUUAGUGACACUUUGUCUGAAACUGGAACUGCGAGCAGAUGGAAGGUUUCAGCCAAAAUCCAGCAGCUGCUCAACACUCUAAAGAAACCAAAAAGAAGACCGCUCCCUGAGUUCUACGAGGAUGAUGAUGUAGAACUAGAGAUGGCAGCGAACAACAAGGAUCCGAAUGCUCCAAGUCCUGAAGGGAGUGGUAUGACCCCGGCCGUUGGCUCUGCUCUAGUCAUUCCUGCCGGACUUCCCCGGAAUCUGGAGGCAGCAAUACAACGCUAUGGCUCGGCAACCUACAAAGCUCCGAUGGCAACAGUGUUGGAUCCGAACGGAAAGCUGAGUAUAACCUUGAGCUAUGGGAAACUAUUAAGUAGAAGUUUCAAGAUUGCAUAUUCUCUCCUAAACAAGAUAGGUUUAAAUAACAAGGACGGAAUGUCUCAGGUGAGACCUGGAGACAGGGUAGCUCUGGUUUAUCCCAAUAACGAUCCACUUAAUAUGAUUUGUGCAUUUUACGGCUGUGUUAUGGCAGGUGCGGUUCCGGUUCCGGUGGAAGUGCCGAUAACACGACGGGACGCUGGUAGUCAACAGAUUGGAUUUCUGCUUGGAUCCUGUAGUGUUACUUUAGCUUUAACCUCUGAAGCGUGUUACAAAGGACUUCCUAAAUCUUCAUCAGGAGAUGUUGCGCAGUUUAAAGGCUGGCCGAAACUAAACUGGUUUAUAACGGAACAUCUUCAGCGACCUCCGAAAGAGUGGAACCCACCGCCUAGGUUGACGGAUGAUACUCCGGCCUAUGUUGAAUACACAACCCAGCAGGAUGGAUCAGUUCUAGGAGUUUCCAUUUCUAGAACUGCAAUGCUUGCCAUGGCAAGAACACUGACUCUAGCUUGUGGAUACACCGAGGGGGAGAUAAUGGUUUGCGUCUUGGAUUUUAAACGUGACGCAGGACUUUGGAAUUCCGUAAUAGCGUCAGUUUUUAAUGGUAUGCACGUGAUAUUUAUUCCGUACGCAUUAAUGAAAGUGAACCCGGCCUCCUGGAUGCAGAUGAUCACUAAGCACAGAGCUAGUAUAGCAGUCUGUAAAUCACGAGAUCUACAUUGGGGACUGUUAGCAACUAAAGAUCAUAGGGAACUAAACCUGGCAUCUCUUAGACUUCUCCUGGUCGCAGAUGGAGCCAAUCCUUGGAGUCUCAGCUCUUGUGAUCAAUUUCUCUCUGUCUUUCAGUCCAAGGGCUUACGCGCAGAUGCAAUUUGUCCGUGCGCUUCAAGCGCAGAGGGUUUAACCGUUUCCGUAAGGAGACCAGGCCGGGAGGGAGUAAACGCUACUGGACGUGGUGUGCUUAGCAUGGGUGGAUUGAGCUACGGCGUGGUUCGGGUGGAUCAGGAGAACUCUCUUACCUCCCUUACUCUUCAGGACUGUGGUCAAGUUCUACCCGGAGCAGUAAUUGUAAUCAUUCGAGUUGAAGGAGCUCCGAUUAUCUGUAAGACGGACGAAGUCGGUGAAAUCGUCGUUUCAUCGCCGGCCUCGGCUGUCAGCUAUUGGGGUUUACCUGGACUUACUCAGACAACCUUCAAGGUUCGUCCUGAGACUGAGGACGGAAAGUAUAUCGGAGAAAAUGAGUUCACACGAACUGGAUUACUGGGUUUCCUAGGACCUGGAGGACUAGUGUUUGUAUGCGGAUCUAGAGAUGGUUUGAUGACUGUAUCUGGGAGAAAGCACAAUACUGAUGAUAUUAUAGCAACAGUACUAGCCGUCGAACCUAUGAGGUUUAUCUACCGAGGACGAAUUGCAGUGUUUAGUAUCAAGGUUCUCCGGGAUGAAAGGAUCUGUGUUGUUGCGGAGCAGAGACCAGACUGUUCGGAGGAGGAGAGUUUCCAGUGGAUGUCCCGUGUACUCCAGGCUGUUGACUCAAUACAUACGGUUGGUUUGUAUUGUCUAGCUCUAGUACCACACAAUCAUCUACCGAAGACUCCAUUGGGUGGAAUACACCUCUCAGAGACAAAGAAGAGAUUUCUGGAGGGAACCCUGCAUCCUGUAAAUGUUCUCAUGUGUCCUCAUACUUGUGUUACAAACCUUCCAAAACCCAGGGAGAUACAUGCAGACGUUGGUCCAGCUAGUGUUAUAGUUGGUAAUCUAGUCCAGGGUAACCGACUAGCAGCUGCCUCUGGUCGUGAUAUCGGAGGACUAGAAGAUGAUAGUGUUGGAGAGCCUGGAGGACGGAAACAUCAAUUUAUUGCUGAGAUAUUACGGUGGCGAGCCCAGGCUACCUCAGAUCAUGUUCUCUUUUCUCUUCUCAACAGCAGAGGAGCAGCUACACAAACCUUAACCUGCUCACAGCUACAUAAGAAGGCAGAGAAGAUUGCUUGUUUGCUACUGGAGAAGGGUAGAUUAAAUACUGGAGAUCAUGUAGCACUAAUCUACCCACCUGGAGUAGAUCUUAUUGCGGCCUUCUACGGUUGUCUUUAUGUGGGGCUGGUUCCUGUAACUAUACGCCCGCCACACCCUCAGAAUCUUCAGACCACCCUUCCCACGGUUCGGAUGAUUGUUGAUGUAUCCAAGUCUGUGGUUAUUCUCUCCGCUGCUCAGGUAAUUAAGCUGUUAAAGUCUAAAGAGGCAAGUAACGUGGUGGACAUUAAAUCCUGGCCGGUCACCCUAGAUACUGAUGAACUGGCGCGCCGAAAGCUACCUGGAGUAUACAAGGCGCCGACAGCUGAGCUGGUCGCAUACCUGGACUUCAGUGUAUCGACAACAGGGAUGCUUGCAGGGAUUAAGAUGUCACAUUCAAGUACAACUGCUCUGUGUCGGGCUAUGAAGCUUCAGUGUGAACUAUAUCCUAGUAGACAUUUAGCUCUUUGUCUGGAUCCAUAUUGUGGAUUAGGAUUCGCUCUCUGGUGUCUCAGCUCUGUUUAUAGUGGGCAUCAUACAAUUCUUAUUCCUCCGAGCGAAGUUGAGGCGAACCCAGCUCUCUGGUUAACUGCAGUCAGUCAAUACAAAGUUAGAGAUACAUUCUGCUCAUACGGUGUGAUGGAGUUGUGUACCCGAGGUUUGGGUGGAUCUGUGUCCCAGCUCAAGUCCCGCGGAGUCCAGCUGGGUUGUGUGAGAACCCUGGUGGUGGUUGCUGAGGAGAGGCCGAGGAUGGCUCUCUGCAACUCCUUCACAACCCUGUUCACCCCCCUCGGACUCUCACCCAGAGCAGUUUCCACAUCCUUCGGGUGCAGACAGAAUAUAGCUUUGUGCUUACAGGGUGCGUCAUCUCCUGAUCCCAACACAGUCUAUGUUGACCUACGCGCUCUCCGACAUGAUCGAGUGACCCUGGUGGAGCGCGGAGCUCCCCACUCCUUACCUCUGAUGGAGAGUGGUAAACUACUACCUGGAGUAAACCUUGUUAUAGCAGACCCAGAUACUAAAGGUCAAUGUGGAGAUUCAAACCUAGGAGAGAUCUGGGUGGAGUGCCCGCAUAACUCUACUGGAUAUUUUACAAUUUACGGAGAGGACGGAACCUACUCAGAUCAUUUCGCAGCAAGGUUGAGUACUGGGAGUAACACUCUUCAAACCUAUGCUCGGACGGGAUAUCUUGGGUUUCUCAGAAGAACAGAGGCUAUUGGAUGCGAUGGAGAGCAUCAUGAUGCAGUAUUCGUGGUUGGGGGUCUAGACGAGACCCUGAUACUGCGGGGUAUGCGGUAUCAUCCGAUAGAUAUUGAAAACUCGGUUCUCCGCUCACACAAGAAGAUUGCAGAAUGUGCUGUGUUUACUUGGACGAAUCUGCUUGUUGUUGUUGCGGAGCUGGACGGAGGAGAAAACGAGGCCCUUGACCUUGUUCCACUAGUCACUAAUAUAGUCCUAGAGGAUCAUCAGCUGAUUGUCGGGAUUGUUGUCAUCGCGGAUCCUGGAACCGUUCCUAUCAAUUCCAGAGGUGAGAAACAGAGAAUGCAUCUAAGAGACGGUUUCCUGGCGGAUCAAUUAGAUCCUAUUUACGUGGCAUACAACAUGUAGAUCCUUUUUAAAGCACAGAUGAGCCCUUAGACCCCCCCCUAAAUGAGUGAGGGGGGGAGGAAAUAGUAUAUUCUGUCUUUAGUUCAACCAGAAUACAAAAUCCACCCCAAACAUUUGAAUCCCAUUUUGGUUCUAUUGAGUUCAUAAACAAACUUAAUCCUGAGUUCUGUUAACCCUGCUUGUAGAACAGUUAACCUAACCUAUGGGGGUUAGAGAAAUAUUUCGCAAAAAAAAUCAAAAUUUAUGUAACGUUUAGCUAGAGAAUGGAUGGGAAUGAAGUGUCAGAUAAGCAUGAUUGAAAUUUUAACCCAUCCUCCCCCCUCCCUCCCAGGGGUAUUUACCUCUUCCCCUGUCUGGAAAGGUCUUCGAUUCCUGUAUUACAUUUGUUAUGUUAUUAUUAUAAAUUUGUUUAAUGUCCUUAUCCAGCAUUUCAUCAUUGUUUUAUUAUUGUGUUUUUUUUAUUUCUUCUUCGUCGCCUUUUCCUUAAUUUUGUGUUCCUUCCAUUGUGUUCAAUAAUUCUUCUCCUUUAUUAUGUUUCGUUCCUUUUUUCCUUUUUUAUAUCACUUUUUUCCUUUUUUAUAUCACUUUUUUCUCUUCUAUUCAUCAUCUUCUUUCCUUGAUUAGUCCUCUUUAAUAAAGAUUGUUUGAAUCCCACCUAGAAAUCGAAUUGACCAAAAAAAAGUAUUCUUGUGUUUAUAUGUUUAAAUGUAGAUUUAAUUCAAUUGCUGAGUCAAAGUAUAAGAAUAUUAUUAGUUAAUAACAUAAUUCCUUGUUCUUAUUUAUAUUCAAUAAAUUUAAUCAUAUUUCAAAAAAA